GUUUCCUCCAAACCAAAACCAGCGCAUGCAUCUUCAGAGUCCAGAGCAUUCCCUACCACUAACUUGGCCACUUCCGAAAGCGCGCUCCAUUGGGUCUCGUCGUUCCCGGGCCAUUCCGGAGUGUGAAGCGGAAGAAGCUAAGAGGAGUGCCGGGCAGAGACGCAUCGAUCGAUCUUUGCUAUGGCGCUGAUCUCUUGGAGCCGGCGAUGAACAGCGGCAGGGGACCUGCCGAGUGAUGUGGGACGCCGACUAGUAGAAGGACUCACGAGGCAGAGGAAACAUCAUUUAUCUCCUCACAUCGGGUUAAAGGAAACAUAGAGAUCGGAGGGAGGUCGAGAGCGGCUAGGCGGGCGAUGGCCACGGCUGCCGCUGCAAUACCGGACACACGGCGAUGGAGCAAGGGCGGCCCUUCGUCACCGGUGACGACCGCCAUAUUCCUCUUCUUCUUCGUCGUCGGCGUCGGCGUCCUCGUCUCCGCCCGUUGGAUCACCACCACCACUCAUUUGGCAAUCACCAAUCUGGAUCAGUGGCGCACAAAGCCGGCAAUCCUGACCGCCACGCAUACCGUCUCCAUCCCAGCGACCCCCACCGGCCCGGCGCCGCCGCGCCCCGCCUAUUCCCUCUCCUGCCCGGCGCCGCCGCUCACCCGCGAUCCUGCCAUCGCCAGCAACAUCUCGCAGACUCUCUCCCUCGCGCUCUCCUCCAACGGCACCUGCGCUUCUGUCCCCGACCCCCCACCCCUUCCCCCCACCGCGGCCACCAACUCCUCCUGCCCCGCCUACUUCCGCUUCAUCCACGAGGACCUCCACCCAUGGCGCGCCGCGGGGGGCAUCACGCGCGCGAUGCUCGACCGCGCCCGCGCCACCGCCAACUUCCGCCUCGUCGUGCUCCGCGGCCGCGCCUACAUCGAGCUCAUCGCGCCGGCCUUCCAGACGCGUGACCUCUUCACCAUCUGGGGUAUCCUCCAGCUGCUCCGCCGCUACCCUGGCCGGGUCCCCGACCUCGACCUCAUGUUCGACUGCGUAGACUGGCCCGUUGUCCGUGCCGACCAGUACGAGGGGGAGAACGCCACCGCCAUGCCGCCGCUUUUCAGAUACUGCGGCGACAACGAGACGCUCGACGUCGUCUUCCCGGACUGGUCUUUCUGGGGCUGGGCGGAGAUCAACAUAAAGCCAUGGGAUGCGCUGCGGAAAGAUUUGGAUGCUGGCAAUAGGAGGGUGAGAUGGGUAGAUAGAGAACCUUACGCUUACUGGAAAGGAAAUCCAGAUGUCGCAGCUAUACGGCAAGAGCUGGUUAAGUGUAAUGUUUCCAGUAAGCAAGAAUGGAAUGCACGGAUUUACAAGCAGGAUUGGAUCAAAGAGAGCAAGGCAGGAUAUAAAAAAUCAGAUCUGGCCAGUCAAUGUACCCACAGGUACAAGAUCUACAUUGAAGGAUCAGCAUGGUCAGUCAGCGAGAAGUAUAUUCUUGCUUGUGAUUCGAUGACGCUGGUGAUUACACCAAAAUACUACGAUUUCUUUUCAAGGGUGUUGUUGCCCACUAAGCACUAUUGGCCAGUUCGAGCUGACAGCAAGUGCAGCUCCAUAAAGUACGCUGUUGACUGGGGAAAUUCUCACAAGAAAAAGGCACAACAAAUAGGAAAGCAAGCAAGCAAUUUCAUUCAGCAAGAACUUAGUAUGGACUAUAUAUACGACUACAUGUUUCACCUCUUAACUGAGUAUGCUAAGCUCCUAAGAUUCAAGCCAACCAAGCCACCUGAAGCUGUUGAGGUCUGUCCCGAGUCUUUGGCCUGCCAAGCCAUAGGCCGGGAGAGGAAGUUUAUGGAAGACUCAAUGGUGAAGUCUGCCAACGUUGCGGGCCCAUGUGACCUGCCUCCUCCCUUCAGCCCUAAGGAAUUCAAAGAUCUACAUAGGAGGAAAGAGAAGUCAAUGAAGCAGGUUGAAACAUGGGAGCAGAAUGCUUCAAAGCCUGAGGAUAGCAAUCAGUGAGAACUUACUGUUUUUUCCCCUUCCCCAGAGACAUGCAUAUAAAGUUUGGUCACAAUUGUUUAGGAUUCAUAGUUAUACUAAUUUUGUAGUGGUGAUAUUAGGCUAUCAGCAGCUUCUUAUUUGAUCGAAUCAACUAUUCAAAUGUGUAACAUCUAAAAAAGUGAAAAAUAUCUUUUAAUCUCCUUCGUACGUUGUCAAAGAUUUUUUUUCCA